AUGAACCAACAAAAGCCGACACGGCGUCAACGUGGAUUUAAUAAAAAGGUUGGUUUUUUUCCGAUGAAAACGAAAUUCAUUUAUUUUCUUCAGAAAAUCGAAAAAUCGAGGAUUUCGAUAAUUUCUAAUAGGAAAUGUAAGUUUUUUUUUUAUUUCUGGGCUAAUUUAUUUGUGACAAUUAGAAUGAACAAUAAAAUAAAAAUUGAUUAGUUAGCAAAUCAAAACCUUGUUCUUCUCUAGGGUUACACGUAUUCAUAGCAUUUUCUCAUUGUCAGAUUCCUCAUGUUAUGCUAUCUCAAUACUCUUUUGUGUCGAUUUCAUAUUACGCAAUUCAAACUCCAAUUUAGCAGCUUCCAAUUCCAUUGUGAGUUUUCUCUUGGCCUCAAGUUCCAUCGUUAUUUUACGCUCCAUAAUUUUGGUUCGUUUUGCUUCGCGGAAAAAGAAUAAUCCAGAAAUCACACAAAGAAUCGGAAUACCAAUUGUAUAA